AUUACAGACGAGUCUUAAGAUCGAGAUGCAAGGUGUGCUGCUUCCUCUGAUGAUGUGCUUGUGGGUGAUUUGGAUUCCUCGGAUUACCGCAGAGGAUCUGGACCUGCGACGAGUUCCCCGAGUGGUUGGUGGUCAUCCGAGUGAUGUGCGCAAUCAGCCGCACAUGGUCAACAUCCGGCGACGUGGCAACUUCGAGUGCGGUGGCUCUUUGAUCACUCCCCACUGCGUCCUGACCGCCGCCCACUGUUUGAAGGAGGGUCCACCAUCCGACUUUGUGGUUCGCGGCGGGGUCACCUAUCUGAGUGAUAUGAGCAAUGCCCGCUAUGUGAGGAGGAUACUCCUCCCUUCGGCCUACAGUCGCUCCACUUUGGAUCACGAUGUGGCCAUCCUGCAGCUCCAGCAUCCUCUGCAGCCCUCUAUUGCUCAACCCAUCCCCUUGGCCGUGAGAUCUCCUCGUCCCGGCUCCUUUGUGCGGGUUUCCGGCUGGGGUUUAACAGACGAUAGCUCCACUUUGCUGCCCAAUCAGCUGCACAGCGUCCAUGUGCAAGUGAUGCCGCAAAGGGAAUGCAGGGAACUCUAUAGUGGUUACAGGAAUAUAACCUCCAGCAUGUUUUGUGCCUCGUUGCCGGGCUUAAAAGAUGCCUGUGCUGCGGAUUCCGGAGGACCAGUAGUUAACUCGCAUGGCUUCCUAGUCGGCGUAGUUUCCUGGGGUCGAGCUCAUCGUUGUGCCGCCGAAGAUAGUCCCGGGGUUUACUCCGAUGUCAGUUACCUAUCCGAUUGGAUAGCGGACAACAUGCGCAGAUAUUGCUAGAUAUUAAUCAGUAUUUUAGUUUAGUUAACCCUGAUCGUUGACGUCACCUGAAAAAGAAUGCCGCAUUGAAGGUGCCUUCCAAUGGUGUUUGCUCAGUUGGUUUGCCCAUG